UAUAUGGAUUGGAUUUAGAAUAUUAGAUCGUGGAAAUAGAUACUCACAAACAACAUAGCUCCCAUCAUUGUUUGAACUUUGUACCACCUAGCUAGUUCCUUGAAAACUCUUUCCUUAGCAUCCAGAUCAUCAUGAGUUUUCGUUCCAAGAGUUCUAGACAAGGGGAUUCCAAAGGCUCUAAAGAACCGCCUUCUAAGCAUGUUUCAAAGGGUGCUGAAGGUACAGGAUCAUCGUUUCCCGACUUCUCCAAGAUGAAAAAUCUCUUCGGGAGAGGGUCUAAAGGCAGUAAGGCAAGUAGCGACUCUCAACAACCAUCUUCAAAUAAUGAAAAUCCAGAACCGGCCCUCUCACAGGCUGGUAAAACCAUGUUUAAACCGAAGAAUCUUAGCAUCUUUUCGGAGGAAGAAAGUCAAGCUUGGACAACUUCUGAAAGGGACGAUCCUGCAGAGCUGCUAGAGGUGUGUUGGCUUGAUGUAACUGGUUCAAUGACUGCUACCAAAGGGAAGGCGUAUGAAAUUAGCUUCAUAUUAUCCAUGAAUGAAGAGAAUUCCUUUGGCUGGGAAGAUCCUGUUUAUGUGAUGGCAAGGAUAGGAGAGGAGGGAGAGUAUACGCGCGUAAAAAUAGAUCUAUCCAAGUUAGGCCUGAAAGAAGAGGAAUUUCCGGCGGAGAAGUGUCGGGUUGAGUUUAGAAGUGAUGAAAACGCUGAAAAUAAUAAGAAAACACUCUAUUUUGGCUUGUAUGAGGUGUGGACUAACCACUGGAAGGGUGGUCUACGGAUCCAUGAGGCCAUUGUUCGGGAAUUAACAGCUGAAGAUUCUGCUUCUACAUCUAAUACCCGUUCGGACGACUCCAAAGUGCAAGAAGCAACAGCUGACAAGUCUACUUCAGCAUCUGAAAACCCAACAGCGGACAUGUCCAUAGAUAAGCAAGUACGGCCAGCUCCUCCCAACGAGCUCAGAAAAUAACAGUUCACGAUUCGGCCUCCACAUCUACUAAUCAUGUUAAUGAUUUUGCUGCCCCGUCUCUUGUCGAAAAUCUAGAAGAUGUGUUCUAUGACUCGAAGGAAUCUCUAGAAGAUAAGUGAAAAACAGAAUCUCUACAUCUACUAUAUGGCUAGUUAUCCUCAAUAAUAUUGCUCGAUUAUCAUAUAAAAAAAAAUGAGUAGAAAACAGAAGCCCCAAAAGUUAACUUGGAAGGCUAAAAAAAUAAAAUUAAAGGCAGAAAACUUUAAUUCGAGUGUCUGAUUGGAUCCGAAAUCCCAUUAUGAAAAACUGAUUUAGAGCUCAUGUGAAGCCAACAAAGGCUGUUUGAGGGUCAAAAUCCAUUUCCAAUGCCUACUUCCAGGUAUUUUCAGCGAUUUGAUCAGCAGGGCAGAUUGAUUUCUAAUCCGGAUUUCCAUCUGACUAUUUAUCUGUUUUCGCAAGUGUCAUAUUUCAAGUUAUUUUGAUUUUCUUAGUCAGCGCAACUAUGGCAAACUUAAAUUAUACAAUGUUAAGACCCCAGUUAUUUAGCUAUGGAUUGAAUAAGAACUAUA